AAAUCAAAGACCAUUACCCCAUACCAUAGUCAUAUCCACCAACAUCCAUUUCUUGAAGCAAAAAAUAAAAAUGGCAGCACUAAAACUUAUACUGCUAACGUCUCUGCUAUCUCUCUUCCAUUUCUCCAGCACUGCGGAUUCAACCGUAGUCGCCACCAGCUUUAUCAAGAGUUCAUGCAAAAUCACCACGUAUCCCGACGUAUGUGUCACUUCCCUCGCAGGGUACGGACCAACCAUAAAACGUAGCCCACAACAGCUAGCCCAAACAGCCAUGUCAGUGAGCCUAGACAGGGCCCAAUCAGCCCAAUCAUUUGUUAACAAGUUGUGCAAGUUCAAAGGAUUGAAACCAAGAGAAUAUGCAGCUUUGAAAGAUUGUUUGGAGGAAAUGAGUGAUACAAUUGACAGGAUAAGUAAAUCUGUAAAGGAACUUAAGAGUAUGGGAAGGACACGUGGCAAGGAUUUUCAGUGGCAUAUGAGUAAUAUAGAGACAUGGAUUAGUGCUGCUCUUACUGAUGAGAAUACUUGUGGAGAUGGUUUUGCUGGAAAGGGUAUGAAUGGUAGGAUUAAGGCUUCUAUUAGAGCAAGGGUUACUCAUGUAGCUCAGGUUACUAGCAAUGCCUUGGCACUAAUCAACCAAUUUGCAGCUAAGGCUAAGCAUUAAAAGCCAGUGUAAUUUAUGUUUUCACAUUUUGAGCUUAUGUGUUUUGACCUUUUCUUUUUCUUUUUCUUUUUCCUUUUUGUGUAAAAGUUUUGGUUGGAUGUCCUAUAUAUAAGUGUGAAUGAAAUUUCACUUAGUAUGAAA